AUGCCGUUUCAAUACAACUACUUCUCUUCUCAAGGUACUACCCGUCGCAGAAAAUUCACAAAGCGUGACCUUGAGCAAGCUAUUAGUGAGAUUCAGGGAGGUGCUUCUAUUAGAAAAACAGCCAUUAAAUAUGACAUUGAUAGAACGACUCUACGAAAGUUCCAUGUUUGCGGUGAAGUGACAUUAAAUAAAAUAGAAAAAAAAGGUAGUCAGUACAAAAGGUCGCAGAUUUUUGACAAUAGGGAAGAAAAGCUAUUAGUAAACCACCUUUUGGCAUGCAGUAAAAUGCACUAUGGACUGACGAGAAAACAAGCCAUGCAAUUAGCCUUUGAUUAUGCUCUAGCAAAUAAUAAAAAAAUACCUCAAAGUUGGACAAAUAACAAUUCUGCUGGAAAAGAUUGGUUCCGAGGUUUCUUAACUAGAAACCUGGAAAUAAGCUUAAGGACGCCUGAAGCCACCAGUUUGUCGCGAGCUACAAGUUUCAACAAAAAAAAUGUUGUAACAGACUUUUACGAAAACUUGAAGCAAGUGCGAGAAAAGUAUAAUUUUGAGCCACAAAAUAUAUAUAAUUGUGAUGAAACUGGCUGUACUACUGUCCAACAAUGCCCCAAAGUAUUGGCAAGUAAAAAAGCCAAGCAAGUAGGACAUGCCACCUCUGCUGAAAGAGGUAAUCUAGUUACAGUCUGCUUCGCUGUAAACGCCAUUGGAAAUGCCAUGCCUCCUUUUUUCAUAUUUCCGCGUGUUAAAUACCGACCUGACUUUGUUAAUGGGGGACCUGAAGGUGAUGAAGAUUUCAUGUGUUGUGCUGUAACAGAUAGGGAUAUAUCCAAUGAAAAUUAUGAACUUCCCAGUAGUUCGUCUCAAUGUCGCCAAGCUCAGCUUGUCUUUUCAAGCGCUCAGCAAGAUCCACCAGAUUUUCCGCAGAGCGUCAACGACGUAGAUCAGGAAAUUCUGUCAACAUCUCAACAGAGCCCUAAUGAUGAAGUUCAGGACCCUCCAUCUAGUCCCGUGCUUGAUUUAAAUAAUGUUUCGCUUCUGGAUUCAGUGACUGUUUCUCUAACAAAUAACCAACUAAACCCUCCAGCUCAGAAAAGUCCGCAAACCUCUGACAAAGUCUUAAAAAGCUUUUCACAUGCACCAUCAGACUCUGAACCAAAUUCACUCAACUGUUCUAAAGUUUAUCCUGAGAGCCUGGUGAAUUGUUGCCUGACUAAAUUGGCUCUCAUGGCUAAAUUAAAUUGUAAUUUAGAAGUUUCUUUUCAUCAGUGCCAAGAGACUGAUAUAAAUUAUUAUUAUCCUCCAAAUUCACCUACUAUGUCACAAAAGCUGGAUAUUCCGCAAACUCCGGACCGUGUUACUAAAAAAGUAACUAUUACACCAGAAAUAAUAAGGCCAUAUCCAAAAGCUGCAGCCCGAAAGACAACACGGCGUGGACGACAACCUGGAAAAACAAAAAUUCUAACAAAAACUUCUGAAAAAAUUACAGAUGAUUCAAAUGAAAUUCUUAAGAAAACAACAACUAUGGCCAAAGGUGACAAGUCCUCAAAAACUAAAGCUAAGAAUAAUAUUAAAAGAGGAAAGAAGGUAGACACAAAAAAAGCAAAGAGGCAAGUUUUACAAGAAAAGAACAAUGACACAGAUUGUGAAGAUGAUUUUAAAGCAGAUUCUAAUAAAAUGAAAGAAAAACUAAAGCAAGGGAAAAAUAAAAUAAAAAGAAACAAAGAUACAGGACCAGCAAAAAUCAAAAAAAGGAAAAAUAAAUAA